AUGGGAACGGGUGAGUGGAAUGGAUCGUGUAUUCCGAUGCAAUCAUUCAUCAAGGAUAAGCAUAAUAUUCACGAUGUCACUGCAGACGUUUACGUGAAGACGAUCUUCAUCAUCUUGUACAGUUUUCUCUUCUUAUUUGGCUUAUUGGGAAAUGGCGGUGUUGUCUUAGCGAUGUGCGGGAAUCGUCGCCUUCGAUCAGCGCGAAACAUUUUCCUUCUCAAUCUAAUCAUCACCGAUUUGUUGUUGGUGUUGACGGCGGUGCCAGUGACUCCAUGGUACGCACUAACAAAAGAUUGGCAAUUCGGCUCAGCUAUGUGUCACUUAGUGCCAUUGAGCAAUUCUUGUUCAGUUUUUGUGACGAGUUGGAGUCUCACCGCGAUCUCAAUAGACAAAUUUUUGCAUAUCAUGGAUCCAACAAAGGCGCCUGUUUCGAAAAGACAAGCCUCUUUCAUUACAACUUUUAUUUGGUCAGUCUCGACUCUCAUCAAUUAUCCAUAUUUUCUGAGCUUUGAUCUCGUUGAUGGUGGAUAUUAUGUGAAAGAAGGAGAAGCGCCGUUGUGUGGCAGAUUUUGUGAUGAAACGAAAUGGGCAAGCGAUAGUGCAAGGCAAUUGUAUGGAACGAUUGUCAUGUUGUUGCAGUUUGUCGUCCCAAUGCUGAUCAUUUCUUUCUGCUAUUUUAUGAUUCUCAACAAAGUCGCACGCGAUUCGAUCAUUCAAAACGCUCAAUUCUGUCAUUCUUUAAGCCAAAAGCAACGAAUCGACGCGGUGAAUCGAAAGAAAAGAGUAAACUACAUUCUGAUCGGAAUGGUGGCUACGUUUAUCAUUUGCUGGCUUCCAUUGACCGUUGUAAACAUUUUGAAAGAUUACAAGAAAGAGCCAGAUUUCCUAAAAAGUCAGCCAUUUUUCUUCCCACUUGGCGCUCAUGUGAUCGCGAUGUCACUUGUCCUCUGGAAUCCGCUGCUGUUCUUUUGGUUGACAAGAAAACAAAAGCGACUCAACUUGAGCCGAAUCAUCAACACAUCAGACAUUGUGACGUCAUUCGCAAGCAGAAUCUCGAGUCUUCGUCGAUCGACCCGAUCCAGAAGGAGCAGUAAAGCAAACUCGUCAUUCGGAAGCAGUCGGCGUCCCACCUUCACAUCGACUCCUUUCACAACGACUCUCGAUUCGGAGAUUCCGCCAAUCAAUGGACGUCCACUUAUCAUCAAAUCAACUCUUUCUGUUAAUCCAUACGGAGAAAAAGAAAUGCUU